UAAUAGAUCUACAAAGGGUAUUAUAGAUGUCAAUGUUUUACCAAUAUGUCAAGUGAAUGUUAUUAAAAAAUUAAAAAAAUAAUGGCCAAGUGGCAUUCUAGUACGGAAUCCGGUAUUUUGCGUAAAAAUGUUAAUCCUGAUAAUCAUGAAGAACUUCUAGUCUUCGGCUAUGCAUGUAAGCUCUUCAGAGAUGACGAGAAGGCUCUUUAUAUUGACAAGGGGAAGCAUUUAAUUCCGUGGAUGGGAGACAAAAACCUAAAAAUAGAUAGAUACGACGGAAGAAGUGCUUUAUCAGAACUUUCUCAGUUUGAAGCAAGCAGGGAAGGUUAUGAUGCAAUGCGUUGGUUAGGUUUAAGUGAGUCUGAAAGGCGUAUAGAGCAACUUUGCGACGAGGAAAGGUAUUAUGCUUUAAAUAUAAAUGAAGAAGAAGAGGAAUUAUAUAAAGAAGAGGAACGAAAAAGGUUAUUGCAAAAAAAUAACGAAUAUCAGUUCAACUAUGAUGUGCAACCUGAGCCUGAACCUGAAAAAGUGCCUACUGUUGAAAUGGAAGAUGAACCAUAUGUACCUCCUCCUGAUUUAGAUGUUCCUUCUGAUAUAGCAGUUCCUUCAACAGUAAAAGAAAACACACGAAUAGAAAAAACUGCUCUCUUUGUAAGCAAACAAGGUCUUCAAAUGGAGAUCCUUAUAAAAACAAAGCAGGCAGAUAAUCCUCAGUUCGGUUUUUUGAAUCAGCAGGAUCCUUUGCACAAAUAUUACAAGCACCUCCUUAUGAUAAUUAAAUCAGGGAGGUACAAGGUCCAAUCAAAGGAAAAUUGCACAGAUGAAAUGAAGGAUGAACCAAAUGAGAAUGAAGCCAAUGAUGAAUAUUACCUUCACCCUUCAUUAUUAGCGACUCCAGUGCAAUCGGCACCUCCCCCCACCACUCCGCUGACAAUUCCAUACAGGCCUUCCGCAAACUGUAAAUAUCUCCAGCUAGUCAACCGUAUACAGGGCAACCAGCAACAGCAGUUUGCAUCUGUAACAGCACCAACAAACGCGGAACUUCCAUCAGUGGCGCCACAGGGCUCUGCUCCCGCCCCACAGCAACUCACCUACGAACAGCAACAGUAUUACCAGCAAUACUAUUACGCCAUGCAAUAUUACGAAUACUACAAGCAAAUGGCACAGCAAUAUUCUGAAGGAGACUUAGACCCGAAGAUCGUACAAUACUUUCAAAAUUUGUCCCAGCUUUCCAACUUCAUGCAGACGCAAGGGAUGCAGAACUUCUUGGAAAUGCAACAGGCUCAGGUGCAGAUGCCUGACAAUCCUUACGCUCAAAUAGUUUCCAAUUUGGUGAAAAACAAGGAGCAGGUCUCUUUUGCUCCUGUAACAAAUUUACAACAGGGAUGCCAGCAAACGGAAGGCAAUAUAGCUAAAGCACCAAUUAUUUAUAAACAAGACCAAUCCAUUACUUCCCAAAACACUCCUGAAAGUGGAACGCCCGUUGAUUCUCCAAAGCCUUCUGAACCAUUACCUGAACCAAAAGAAGAACCAAAACCAGUUCAAAAACAUCCUCUACUUCAUUUUGCCCAUUAUGAUUCCGAUAGCAACGAAAGUGAUUCCGGCGAAAAAGAAACUGAAGAAGAAACGACUUUCAAGGACACCAAAACAGAUGUGAUUCCACAAAAUGUACAGCUUAUAAUAGAGAAAAUGGCUAGUUAUGUAUCAAAAAAUGGCACUGAAUUUGAAAACAUUGUCAAAGCAAAGGGAGAUCCAAGAUUCGAAUUCUUAAAUGAAGAGCACAAGUUUCACAGCUUUUACCAAAAGAAGCUCGAAGAGUUCACCGCAUCAAAAGCGGUUAAACCAGAAAAGGAAGAGAAUCAAGAAAAAGAAGCAAAGAAGCAACAAAACGCGUCAGAAAAUAAGACAAAGGAAAAGAAAGCAAUCGCUCCUGUAAGUUUUUCCAUAAAAAAGACGAAAGAAGAGACUCCAAAAGAAAUCAAAAGCGCCCUUCCAAUGGAAGAAAGCGAUGAAGAUGCUGAAGACAACUUGGCCAACGUUGCGCCUGUGUCAACUGUACAACCGCAAAACACACCGACAAACCAAAUUAACAGCGCAAAUUGCAGUCCAAGCCGGACCCCGCCUCUUAAAGACUUCGAUCAGAGUGCCAAAUCUUGUUCAGAAGUUGAAAUCAACAAUAAAAAUGUCGAAAAAAGUAAAGAAAACGAUUUACUUGACGGGGAAGACCCUAUUCUAGAAAUGAUUGAUUUAACCGACGACGCUGAAGAGAGGAGAGAAAACAAAAGAGCUGAAGACAGGAAAAAGGACAAGAUAGCAGCUGCUGCUCGAGAAAGAUUAUCACUCCAACUCGAAAGAAAACGUAAAGCUGCUGUUUUCUUGAAGUUGAUGAACGCAGACACUUCAAAAGCUGACAAAAAGACUAUAACUUCAAGUGGACGUGAGGCAACUCCUGCCACAUCCAGUAGCAAGAGCAGCAGCGAUCGUAAUGAUAAAAGUAGAUUGGAACGACAAUCUUCCUCUAAGGAAGAGUCCAGAAAGAUAAGGGAUAACGAUUCUUCAGAAUGUGAAGAUAGAGAAGUGAAAAGACGAAAAUCGAGCAAGAAGAAGAAGUCUCAUAAAAGGAAACGCUCGAAGGAAAAACACGACUCGAGGCAUCACCAUAAAGACCAUAAAAAAUCAAAGAAAAGGCGGAGAUCUGAAUCGAUCGAAUCGCAUAGCUCACAUGACUCAUAAUUUUUCUUAUUUGAUUUGUGUACAGAUUUACAUUUUUAUUGUUAAUAUUUACAUGUUUUUUAA